AUCUGUUUGUGGAGAACGGAGACUGCAUGGACCAACCUCCUUGGUUCUCAAAUGGGUUGUGAUGAUGAUUCCAGAAAACCAAUUCCAGUUCAACUUACUCAGAUGAAACCACAGACCAACUAUUGUAGCAGUUCGAGGCCUUAAACGGAUAACAGAUGUGGAGGCGUUCGCUACUGAGGGGCACCACCUGUUUCCUGCAGGUGGCGUGCCGGAGGUUUCACCCCCAAAGACAUUUUUCCUCCCCCAUGUUGAGACUUGUCACUCAGAAGCUCCUUGCUGGGGCUUCGUGUCACUUAAGGUAUCGGGGUGCAGGCUAUUUCCUGGCACAUCUCGGGGACAGGGCGUAUAAAAAGGAUGCCAAGUCAACUGUAGAGUUACCUGUGAGUCCCAUCACAGUCACUGAAAUUAAACAGUAUCUACGCGCCAAAGACAUUCCCAUCCACGAUGGCUACAGCUGCCUGCACGCCCCGAGCAUCUUCACCGACGCGGCCUCCAGGAAGGACAAAUUCUCCCUGUUCAUAGACAAAACCACCGGGCAGUUUCUGUGCAAGGACACGCUGGUGGAAGGCAGCUGGGAGGACCUUCAGGACUGCCUGGAGGUGAUGCAGACGGAGGAGCGGGACUCCCUCAGCCCUCACGUGCUGCUGGGGUAUCAGGAGAGCGUGGAGGAGCAGGAGGAGACGGAGAGAGAGCUGAGGGAGGUUCAGAGGAUCUGGUCCAGCUCUGUGCAGUUCUCUGACCUCCCUGAUGACGAGGCUCAGCUGAUCAAAACUAUGUUCCAGAUCACAAAGUUCUCUAAUGCAACACUGAAGAAGUUUGGCGUGAGGCUCUUCAAACCGACCAAGAGUCUGGUCUUCCCCUGGUUCGGCGGACCCGACUCCUCCUUAAAAGGCGUGAAGCUCCUUUCCGCCCAAAGCACAGACACUGAGACCGUUAUUUACAAUGAAGCUACCGUCCCAAAGUGUAACUCCUACUACAACCUGUUCGGUCUGCCUCUGGUGAGCCGCAUGGACUCUGAGGUGGUGCUGACGGGUCACGAGCUGGACACCCUGGCUGUGAGUCAGGCCACGGGACUCCCCAGCGUCGCUCUUCCACGCGGGGUCAGCUGCCUCCCGCCGAUCCUGCUGCCCUACCUGGAGCAGUUCAAGCGGGUGACGCUGUGGCUGGGAGGCGACAUGCGCUCCUGGGAGGCGUCCAAGAUCUUUUCACGCAAGCUGGGACUGAGGCGCUGCUCGCUGGUGAGGCCCGGAGAGGAGCGGCCGUGCCCCGUCGAGGCGCUGGCUCGGGGGAAGAACUUAAGCCAAAUCAUCAAAACGUCCAUACCGGCGGCACACAAGUCCAUCGUGUCGUUCAAGCAGCUGAGAGAGGACGUGUACGGAGAGCUGGUGAACACGGAGCAGGUGGCUGGAGUGAAGUGGGCGAGGUUUCCACAGCUCAACAAGAUCCUGAAGGGACACCGAAAGGGCGAGCUGACUGUUUUCACAGGUCCUACUGGAAGUGGGAAGACCACCUUCAUCAGCGAGCUGGCCCUGGACCUCUGCAUGCAGGGCGUCAACACGCUGUGGGGAAGCUUUGAGAUCAACAACGUGCGUCUGGCUAAAAUCAUGCUGACUCAGUUUUCGGGGCAGAGGCUGGAGGAGAACCUGGAGCAGUACGACUACUGGGCGGACAAGUUUGAGGAGCUGGCACUUUACUUCAUGACUUUCCACGGACAGCAGAACAUCAAGACGGUGUUGGACACGAUGCAACACGCCGUCUACCUCUACGACAUCAACCACGUCAUCAUCGACAACCUGCAGUUCAUGAUGGGACAAGAAAACCUCUCAGUGGACAAGUUUGCAGUCCAGGAUCACAUUAUCGGGGCGUUCAGGAAGUUUGCCACAAACAGCAGCUGCCACGUGACUCUGAUCAUUCAUCCCAGAAAAGAGGAAGACGACCGAGAGCUGCAGACUGCAUCUAUCUUUGGUUCUGCUAAGGCCAGCCAAGAAGCCGACAACGUCCUCAUCCUGCAGGAGAAGAAGCUGGUCACCACAUCUGGCCGAAGGUCCCUGCAGGUCACCAAGAACCGGUUCGACGGAGACGUUGGCAUCUUCCCCCUGGACUUCAUCAAGACCUCGCUCACCUACUCGGCUCCCGUCAAGGGAAAACUCAAGCUGAAGAAAGUGACCGCCAAGCCGGAGGACGGGGAGGGGGAGGGGAACGAGGAGGUGGAGGAGAAGCUGGAGAAAGAGAAGGAGAAGGUGGCAACGGUGAAGAAGGAAGAGGUUAAAAAGGAGAAAACAGCCAAAACAACAAAGACUCAAAGAUCUGUUAAAAAUCCUGCAUCAGGAAAAGAAACCGCAAUGCAGAAGAAAUAAUGCAUAUAAUUCAUAGAUAGUAUAAUUCUAUUAAUUUGACCAUGUCUGUAUUAGUAUUGAAAGGCAGAAAAAAGGGAAAGAAAAGAUGAUCUAGAGUAAAACUUUUGUCCUUAUGUCUUUUUUAUAUAAAAGAUGAUAUUAUCACAUAGUUUUAUGUUAUAUAUAAGUUAUAUUAUAAGAUGAACAUAUAUCAUGAUUAUAUAUAGAAUACAUGAAAUAAGGCCUCUGAUUGUAAUUCACAACAAAACAUUUAGUUAAACUCCAGUAAAAGAGUUUUUUGUUGCAUCAUAGAAUGAAGGAUGAAGAUAUUUCAACUUCAACACGGUUUCUGAAGCUUUUUCUAUGCAGAUGAUGCAUUCAUCAUCAUCAGACUGAAUUCUGCUCAACUUUCAUUUUCCAAAAAGAAUUACUGUGAAAAAGAGCGACUGACUGUUUUCAUGUUAAUCGCCUUUAUUUUGAGAUCAACACACUACUACACUGUCCGUUAGCUGCAUUCACGUGUUACCACAAUGUGAUCUCUACUGAACUUUGGUACAAAGACGAUGUAUUAAGCUGUUUAUUUGUUUAUUUUGUUUUUUUAUAUAAUAAAAUACUUGCAAUGAA